CGAGCACAAACAAAACCCCCACACUAUAUCCUAUUCUAUUUCUCUGUGCCGUAGAAAAUUCUCUUUCCUUUUGCUUCAGUUACCAAAUCCAGAAGCAACAAAUUUCAAUGGUCCCAACAAGUUUUUUCACACACACACACACACACACACAAAACACGCACUAGCAGACACGAACAAGAUGACCUAAUUUCCCACCUCAAAGAUUAAACUAUGUGUAACUGAAAGAGAUUUAAAAACCCACCUACUGUAAUAAUUGUGCAACACCUCAUUAAAGCACAAACAAAAAGCAAAAAAAAAAAUAUUCUCUCUCUCUCUCUCUCUCUCUCUAGCUCUCCUUCUCUGUUUCUCUCUCUAACUGUGUUUCUCUCUCUUGAGCAAUGGCGACACUUGAGGAUAUUGGGGUAUCGGCAAUAAUAAACAUACUGGGUGCUUUUGCGUUCUUGCUUGCAUUUGCUCUGCUGAGAAUUCAGCCAAUAAAUGACAGAGUUUACUUUCCCAAAUGGUACAUUGCUGGGAAGAGGACUAGCCCUAGGAGUUGGGGUGGUGUCGUGGGCAAAUUCGUCAAUCUCAAUAUUAUUACAUACUUCACUUUCCUUAACUGGAUGCCUCAAGCUCUCAAGAUGUCUGAGUCCGAGAUUAUUAGCCACGCUGGCCUUGAUUCUGCUGUUUUCUUGAGGAUUUACACUCUUGGCUUGAAAAUAUUCGGACCAAUCGCAAUAGCAGCACUUCUAGUUCUGAUCCCAGUGAAUCUCUCCGAUGGAACUUUGUCGUUUCUGCGCCGUGACUUGGUCGUCAGUGACAUCGACAAGCUCUCGAUAUCUAAUGUUCGUUCCGAGUCUAAUAAGUUCUUCGUCCACAUAGGAAUGGAGUACUUGUUCACUCUUUGGUCUUGUUACAUGCUCUAUAAAGAAUACGACAGAGUUGCGUCGAUGAGACUUAAGUUUUUGGCUUCACAAGGCAGACGUGCAGAACAAUUCACCGUUCUCGUUAGAAACGUGCCGCGUAUUUCUGGACGCUCGUUAUCAGAUAGCGUCGAAACCUUCUUUCAGCGAAAUCACCCCGAUCAUUAUUUAUGUCACCAGGCUGUAUACAAUGCGAAUAAGUUCGCGAAACUGAUAAGAAAACGAAACAGACUUCAAAAUUGGCUGGACUACAACCAGCUUAAGCAUGAGAGACAUCCAAACAAGAAACGGCCUACAACCGAUACGGGCUGCCUCGGACUUUGGGGCGAUGAGGUGGAUUCAAUCGACUACUACAAAGAGCAAAUUAAAUAUCUUGAUAGAAAAAUAACAAUGGAGCGCCAAAAAGUUCUAAAAGACUCUAAAUCCAUCACGCCAGCUUCCUUCGUUUCAUUCAAUUCAAGAUGGGGAGCAGCUGUUUGUGCACAAACACAGCAGAGCAAAAACCCGACACUGUGGCUAACAAACUGGGCGCCAGAGCCACGUGAUGUAUACUGGCAAAAUCUCGCUAUCCCGUUUUUCUCACUAAGUGUUCGAAAGCUCGUGAUUUCAUUAUCCGUAUUUGCAUUGGUCUUCUUUUACAUGAUACCUAUUGCAUUUGUCCAAUCGUUGGCUAAUUUAGAAGGGCUUGAAAAAGUUGCUCCUUUUCUCAGGCCAGUUAUCGAAUGGAAAUUUGCUAAGUCGUUUCUGCAGGGUUUUCUACCUGGACUUACUCUGAAAUUAUUUUUGUAUUUUCUUCCGUCGUUUUUAAUGGUGAUGUCGAAAAUAGAGGGACACGUGGCAGUAUCUGUGUUGGAAAGACGAACCGCUGCGAAAUAUUAUUACUUCAUGCUGGUCAACGUCUUUUUGGGCAGCAUUGUCACGGGAACGGCUUUUCAGCAGCUUCAUGCUUUCCUUCACGAAUCUCCCUCGCAAAUCCCUAGGAAUAUUGGUGUAUCGAUUCCGAUGAAGGCUACUUUCUUCAUAACAUACAUAAUGGUCGAUGGCUGGGCUGGCAUUGCUGGCGAAAUUCUCCGUUUAAAAUAUUUAGUGAUUUUCCAUUUAAAAAACAUGUUUAUUGUGAAAACCGAGAGGGAUUUGGACAAAGCAAUGAAUCCUGGAGGUGUCGAUUUUCCGGAAACUUUGCCGUGUCUUCAACUUUAUUUCCUUCUCGGACUCGUGUACAUGGUCGUCACUCCGAUUCUUCUUCCUUUUAUACUCAUCUUCUUCGCCUUUGCCUACUUUGUGUACCGUCAUCAGGUUAUAAAUGUGUACAACCAACAAUACGAGAGUGCCGCAGCAUUUUGGCCGCACGUACACGGUCGUAUUGUAGCGAGCUUACUUAUUUCUCAACUCCUCCUAUUGGGACUUAUCGGCACGAAAAAGGCGGCAAACUCCACUCCUUUGCUUGUGGUGCUUCCUAUAUUAACUCUCACUUUCCAUAAAUACUGCAAGAAUCGCUUCGAACCCGCAUUCCGAAAAUACCCUCUUGAGGAAGCAGUGUCGAAGGACGAACAAGAUCGUGCUACUGGAUCCGAAAUUGACUUGAAAUCUUACUUGGCGGAUGCUUAUCUCCACCCCAUUUUCCACUCGUUUGAGGAAGUCGAUUUGGUUGAAGUAAAAGUCGAAAACGCCCCUGCCCAACCACAAGCAGAAGCAAAAGCCCAUAUCGAAAGUUCUUCUCCGAGUGAGCUUAGUUCUCCCUCUCCUCACCAUGCACACCAUCUAGAAGACGAGCCUUCACAAACGGUGCAGCACUAUGAAUUUGAAGCGCCUCAUAGCGCGUACCACUACGAAGCCGAACAAAAUUAUACAGCUUAUCAUUACGAAGUUGAAUCGCAGAGUGACGUGUAUAGGUAUGAUAGUGAGCCACACUAUCAAUACUAUCACUAUUGAAGUUCGAUUUUUUUUUUCUUUUGUUUUUUUUUAAAUGUGAUUAAUUAGUUGUAAGUUCAACUUGUUAGAUAUAUAGAUUAAAUUUUUUGAUUUGCUGUAAGAUGUUGUAAGUAUUGUCAAUUGAUUGAUGUAAAUUUAAACAAGUUGUAAAAAUUUUGCACCUCGAUAUAUCUUCGUCUUGAUACUUCCAA